AUUCUUUUGGGUAAUUAAGAUUUGUAUAUUCAUUGUCAUUUCUUAAUCUCUCCAUCCAAAUCUCAUACACUGACAGCUGUUGGGCACACCUUUGUGUAUUAUUAUUAUUCAUUCACAAAAAAGGAACUUCAUUUUCAUACCAACAAUCUACUAUAUAUAUAUUAUACAAAUGACAUUGAAAAAGGGGAGAAUCGAACUGAGAAUCUCGAGUGAAAAGGUAAAUAUAUUUGAAAUAAUCUUUAUUUUUUUUUUUCUAUUUUAAUUAGAUUAUUUACUUCUUUUUAUUUUUUAUUUUAAGAAAGAUAAUUUAUUUGAUUCUCUCCAUAUGUCAACUAUUAAUGAUUAACAAAGAGAAUUUUCUAGAAUUAAUAAUUAAAGGGUAUUUUAAGAAUAAUAGUAGGUGGAAAGAUAAGACUGUAUUUUUUCAAAUUUACAUGGUGAGGGAAAGAUAAAGUAAAUGAAGAAAUAGAACAGGUUGUGGAAAUAGCAGCACUCUAUAAGUUCCCAUAUUGAUUAACUAAUUAUGUGGUUUUUUAUAUAAAUAGAUACUUCGCUCUCUCAGCAUUUCUUGCUUUCUCUAUCUCUGACUCUCUGCCAAAGUCAAGAUGGUUUUGACAUUUUUUGUGCUCAUGCUCAUGAAUAUCAUCAAAACUGGCCAUGUAUCAGCCCUUGGAUCUUGCCCAAAAUGCGGCAAUGUGGAAGUUCCAUACCCUUUCAGCACAGAUGACACGUGCGGAGAUUCAAGGUACAAAAUCUACUGCAACAACAGCAACAAUGGCAAUGGCAUUCUUGAGUUCAAGUCAGCUGAAGGGUUUUACUACAAGAUCCUCAGCAUUGACCCGAGUGCUCAGAGGCUCAUCAUAAGUCCACCUGAUCUGGUACAAGAUGGUGACACGUGUCAAACUUCUGAUUUCUCUCUUCAAGGCUUGAGGCUUGAUGAACACUUGCCCUUCAAUGUGUCCACUCGCAACACAGUCAUCUUGCUCAAUUGCUCUGACAAUCUGCUUCGAUCUCCUCUCAACUGUACCUCAAAUAGCCUCUGUAGGGUUUUUCAGGACAAAUUGUUGGAGGGCAAAAACAAUGCAUGCAAAGGUGGCCUCUGCUGCCAUUACUUGAAAGAUUCACAUAUGACUUCUUAUGUGAUCAGGGUUAGGGUUGGAGGCUGCACUGCUUAUACUUCUGUGGUUGAUAUUCGACCUGAAGAUCCUGUUGAGAAAUGGAGCUAUGGCAUUGAGCUGCAAUGGCUGCCUCCUAAUUAAUUGAGUUGAGUUUGUUGGGCUUGCUUAUCGAAGAGGAUUUUAGAACCUGAUAAUGUUAUUAGUAUGUACGCAUUUCUUUGCAAGUUGCAACUUAAUGUAAUAAAGUCGUUUUCUCUCUCUUGGUCUUCAGCUGCUUUCUGUGGUUCAUGUUUAAUUUUCUUCUGAUUGUUGGUUUAGUAAAUUCCGGCCAUGUAUUAUGAAUUUAAUGGUUGUGAACUCAUGUGUGCUUAGGAAGGAGCUUGUUUGCAGAAA